AUGGAGAACAACUUUAAGUCAGAUAAGCAUCAGCCUCUCACCAAGGCUGAUGAUAACUUGAAAGCUGCUGCGGGCACUCGUAUCGAAACGGACGCACAUGAAGCAAACUAUCUACCGAGUCCCUCGCAGAAGGUAUCGGUGGGAUUGCGAGCAGAGAUUAUAGUCCGGACGCCAGAAAACAAAACGAAAGUCUCGGACGCCGGCAAGGUGCCAAAGCGUCGUCCAGUGGGCUUACGACGUCUACGGCUCCCAGAUCUCCCACGUCGCGCUUUGUUCGUGGGGACUGCCUCUGCGCGCCAUUCUGUUAUACAUAAAAGAGCAGAUUACAAGGAGGGGAGUUUCGCUGCCAGGGUUGCAAGGAAACUCCGGUUUGAGACAGCUACUCGGGCCAAAGCGAGUGGAUGGAAGUCUUAUGUGCGAAGGCAGGGAGAAAUGAACAGGAAAGAUCUAGUUGAAAGUGCUGAUCUCCUGUUAGAACCAGUGGAUUUAGGCUACGAUCCGGCGGAGGACAGUGAGAGGGAGUUCGGGUUUUACGACAUGAUGGACCACGUUACGGGGAUACACGCCUGA